GUUUUUUUUUUCCUUUAACACCAACUCACACAUCUUUUUUCUUCCUUUAGAUCAAAUACGAAAUACAACUCACAUCCCAUCCUUUUGUUGUCCUCAGAUCCAUAGAGAUACCUCCAACUCGAGCAGUGGUAUGCCUCAAGGAAAUGAUGACAAAGCCGAGGCAGCUGACAUAGAUAGUACUACCCUAGUGAAUAGCUCAGAGGAUAAGGUGUGCAAAGAAAUAUCCGAUGCUAUCGUCUAUGCGUAUCCGCCUCAUCCUAGCAUGACCCUUCAAAGCUCGCUUUUCCCUACAGUAACGGCAGGACAUAACGAAAUAUCCAGCAUGAGCUCAGCGGAUAAACUCAAUACGACUGCGCCGUCGUCCUCAUCGUUUACACUUGUGAUAGAGAGCCAUCCAGAAGGGAGAACAGGAGAUGCAGUGAGAAAAUUAAUAUUAAAAGUAAGGGAAAAGGAAGGCAAAGACGCGCGAGAAAAUGAAGAAAGCGAUACAUCGAUUCAAUUAAAGGAUAAAGUGAGGAGGGCCUUUGGUCAGUGGUUUACAUGUAGCUUCAACAAUGAAAAUGGCUGUAAAGGGGCUCCUACUUUGGAUGCAAACGGAGAGAAGUUGCAUCACUACAUGGAACAGUUGGACAAUGCGACCCUCACAAAUAGUCAUAGCGCUUUCAGCAAUUUAUGCUACUACUCUACAGACACCAAGCAAUAUUUGAUUUCGUCCUUCAUGGUGACCAUCGGCAUCUUGGUUCCGGUUGCAUUUAUCAUCAUGGGUCUAGGAAAGACAAUGGUGACAACAACAACAACAACAUCUACUACUACUAUGACUACUACUACGAGUGCUGCUGCUGCUGCAAGGACGGACAAUACAUCCUGAUGGCCGUGUGUUUAUCAAAAAAGGCC